UUUCAUUCAGAUUUUGGCUAAUUAGUUGUUUGUUUAUUUUACUAGUUUAAUUCUUUCUUUUUUAAGGAUACCUAAAGAUCAUAGCUGCAACUUUUCAGUUUUUUUUUUGUUUGUUUGUUUCUGCUCAUCUAUUCUUGCACCUAAACCCGGUGCUCGCAGGUGAAAUGAGGGACAAGAUGUUUUGUUUUAGACAGUGCUGUUUCAAUUGGCCAGUUUUCCUGCUCAACUUAGCCUGUGGAGGUGGUUGGUAGGUAGGCUGCUGCUGAGUGUGUGUGUGUGUGUGUUGUGUACAUGAGGACAGUGUGUGCAGCAUAAAGCCAGUUACCUAAAAGGGCUGUGCCAGGCCAGGCCAAAGUGGGUUAAUAAAAAUAACCAGCGUAGGAGCAGCGACAAUCCAGGAGUGCAGGCAGAGGAGUUAGAGAGAUACAGAGAGAGAACAGAGAGACAGAGUACAAGAAUCUGUUUCUGCUGGUCUGCCAAGUCUUUAUCUUGGUUAUGAGGACGGCAGGAUGGAGUUCCCAGACCACAGCAGACAUUUACUCCAGUGUCUGAGCGAGCAGCGGCACCAGGGCUUCCUGUGUGACUCCACAGUGCUGGUGGGUGAUGCCCAGUUUCGUGCACACCGUGCUGUGUUGGCCUCAUGCAGCAUGUACUUUCACCUCUUCUACAAAGACCAGCUGGACAAGAGAGAUGUGGUGCACCUCAAUAGCGACAUUGUCACGGCCCCAGCUUUUUCCCUGCUCCUGGAGUUCAUGUAUGAGGGCAAGUUGCAGUUCCAGGACCUUCCCGUAGAGGAUGUGCUGGCAGCAGCCAGCUACUUGCACAUGUAUGACAUUGUCAAAGUGUGUAAGAAACGUUUGAAGCAGAAGGCCACAGCAGAAGCAGACAGUACACGCAGAGAGGAUGAUGGUGGGUCCAGCUGCUCUGAUAAGGCCGACAGUCUCUCAGAUGGUUCUACGGGCCGGCCUGCUACUGCCGACCUGCUGCACAGUGAUGAAGAGGAGGAGGGCAAGGCUGAGGGAGGACCGCUAUGGCUGAGGCUGCCGUCUGCAGACAGACCCGCGACACCAGCCAUGGCUACAACCAGCCCAGGGCGUGGCGAGGCAGAGACGCAGAGUGGGGAAGGACCAGCGGAUGGAGGGAAGCUGCGCAGCCCCACCAGCUCCACCGGAUCCCUCUCGCAGAGGUCUCACCGCUCCGUGAGUUCUCGUGGAGGGCACAGGGGCAGGAGGGUAUCAAAUGAUGCGGCUGACUGUGUCCUGGACCUGUCAGUGAAGCCAAUUGCUGGUAGCAACCACAGUAACCACCACCAGUCCUAUUUCAGUGGGGCAGCUACACCAGACAGCCUGCAAAGCCCACUGGGUGUGAGGGUAAAGGUGGAGAGGGGCGUGGCUUCAGAUGAGGAAGAUGAACUGGGAGGGGGGGACUAUGACAUGGAGCACAGUGGCAUCACCAAGGCAACAGUUCCCAGCGCCAACGGGGGCCUCACCCACCACGGGGUCGGAGGGCCUCUGUCGGUCCAAAGGCGGCUUGGCCUGGAAGCGCACCUGUCUGCUCUGCGAGAGGCCUCUCUGGCCUCAGAGCUGGAGCGGGAGGAGAAGCCUCCAGUCACAGCAGAUGAUGAGGACAUACUGGGGGGUGAAAAUGAGCGUGCCCAGGCCGAGGCGGCCAGCAUGGAUAAUUCCUUGCUGCCCUACGUCUCUAACAUGCUGUCAGCUCAGCACACCCAGAUCUUCAUGUGCCCGCUGUGUAACAAGGUUUUCCCCUCCCCACACAUCCUCCAGCUUCACCUCAGCUCCCACUUCAGAGAGCAGGAGGGCAUCCGCUCCAAGCCCGCUGGAGACGUCAAUGUGCCCACCUGCACCAUCUGCAGCAAGACCUUCUCCUGCAUGUACACACUGAAGCGCCAUGAGCGGACACACUCCGGUGAGAAACCCUACACCUGCACCACCUGCGGCAAGAGCUUCCAGUACUCACACAACCUCAGCCGUCAUGCAGUGGUGCACACGCGUGAGAAGCCGCACGCUUGCAAGUGGUGCGAACGGCGAUUCACGCAGUCCGGGGACCUCUACCGACACAUCCGCAAGUUCCAUUGCGAACUAGUCAACUCGCUGUCAGUGAAGAGCGAACCGCUGACACUGCCCAAUGUCAGGGAUUGGGCGAUUGAGGACAGCUCCCAGGAACUGUGGAAAUAGAAUCAGACUGCUGGGUUAAUAAAGGGAAGGAGAGUGGAGAGUGAAAGAAGGGCAGAGAGGCUUGGGGAGGAGAAAGAGAGGUGGCAAAGUUUGAUGUUCGGGGUUUAAGUGAGUCAUAUUCUUGUGUGUCGCAAAAUCUCAUUCAAUUGCACUUUAAUAGCACAUGAAAAUGUUACUACUGAGUUUUUUUGUUAUUGUUGCUGUUUGGGCUAACUUUGUUUUAGUCUGAACUCUGAUUUUUAUUUGACACAAGUUCUGUUUGGUGGUUUUCGUUGCGUCUAAGGACAUGGGUCCCAGCGAGAACGUCUUGCCUUUUCGAAGAGUUUUUACUUUGUGUUUUAUCUCUGACACAGCACUCCGACACUGGCCAGCGUAUCAGCCCCUGUUCCACAGACAGAAAACGCCACUGCAGGAGUUCAGGUCGAACACACUGAACUGAAAAAGCAUUACAAUUCACUAAACGGGUACUGUGAUCACCGCGAGUCAAUACCACCGCACACACACAGUUUGAUGAAGUGUGUGUGUGUGUGUGUGUGUGCGCUACUGCACUACUCUGGCAAAAAUUUCACCUGACGUGCGUGAGUGUGUGUGAGUGUGUCUUGUGUGUACUAUUUUUAUUUUCUGCUGGCACGGAGGUGUCGUUGGCGAAGUGCUCCCCACUUCUCUUGUUAAGCUCUUUGGUGUUGUGUGUUCAGGGGAAAGCUGACUGACUGACAGACAAACUGAUGGCACUCAUGCAAUGCACAGCCUCCUUUUUCACUUCCAAUCAAU